UGAUUUUAUUGAUGUGUGUGCUGUUUGUUUGCUAUAAAAUGUUUGAAAGAUGGGAUAGUUUGUCAUAACAAUACACAAUGAGUGAGAAAGAAAAAAAGAUUGAGAUGGAGGAGGAUGAGAGGGAGAUGAUUGAUCACUGGAGCCACAAGCAUCCACUUACUUUGGUGGAUACUCGUGAAUUAGAAUUCUGUUACGGUUGUGAAGUGCGGUUUGGUAGCGGAGAGCAAGCUUAUGGAUGCAGCAUCGACGGGUGUGAGUAUUCAAAACUAUUGCACCAAGAAUGCGCAGCGAUGGCGAGAGAGAUACGGCGUCCAUUGCACCACCCUCAACACAUCCUCAUCCAACGGCACGAACCAGAAUUAGGGGGGUGUGCUCUCUGUAAAAAGACUAUCUGGAGCAUUGGUUACAGAUGUAGAAGCUCAGGAUGCAGUUUCCAGAUGCACCUGAGAUGCGCGCAUGACAGUGACCUGAUCGAUGCAGCAACCCGUUACGUUGAUGUGCAAAGGCGCACCAUCAUACGUCAUCAAAGCCACCCCAGCCAUGACUUGAAGUUGUUGAGGAGAAGGUUUCCUUUCAAGUGCGAUGCUUGUGGCGCCACGCGCAAGGGGAGUUCCUACACAUGCACCGCAGAUGAUUGUCAGUAUUUGAUCCAUGAGAGAUGUGCUUCAUUGCCUCAAAACAUGAAAAGGGAAGAGCAUCAUCACUCUCUUUCUCUCUCGUUUCAUGUCCCAAUUGAAUAUAUCAGAUUUGACUACAAAUGUGAUAUAUGCAGCAUAUCUUUUCUACCCAACUAUUGGAUAUACCAUUGUCAACUCUGCAGAUUUAUCAUCCAUGUCAAGUGUGCCUUCGACAAGCCGACUCGCAUCACCGAAGAUAUUGGGAAGGACAUGAUCCAUUUUCCAACAGAUGAGGUGGUUGAACAACUCAUUACACCUUUUGUGAUGAGAGAAAGAGAAGGAACAACAUUGAUACCACCCAUCAUCAUAUCUAAUGAUGAGUUGGUGAAUAUGAAAUACAAGUUCAUUCAUCACCAACAUGAACUCACUUUAGUCUCAUCCACAUCUCAACACCCUCAAAUCCUUGGAGAAGAAGAAGACGAGGAGAACUAUGGAGUGAGAUCGGAAUUGAUAUGUGAUGGGUGCAUCACUCCUAUACUUUCAUCUUCAUCAUCAUCAAGUAGUAGUAGUAAUAGUAAAUGUUAUUACUACUACAUGAGUUGCAGUGAAUGCAAAUACAAUCUUCACAUUGCCUGCUUUCACUUGCCACUUCAACUCUCCGCACUUCCACUCCACCACCACGAUUAUCAUCACUCGCUGGACCUCCGAUCUUGCGACAAACUUCAACCUUGGGACGGUAAAAGAUGCAGCGUGUGUGAGUAUCGUACGAAUGGGCUGUUUUACACUUGCACAUCGUGCGGAUUCAAAGUCGAUAUCCAAUGCGCUUGUAUGCCGGAUACCAUACACCACGCAGCUCACCCGCGACAUCUCCUCAAGUAUGUGACUUGGUCGGAUCUACGCAGGGAUAUCAACCGACGGCGCUUAUCGUGUGCUGCUGGUUGUGGCCAACCCAUAGCCGAUUAUGAUUGCUACAGGUGCUGCAACAGCUCAUGUGAUUUCAUUGCGCACGUCAGAUGCGCUUUGUUGCCUGUGUCGGUCAGCAGCCGUAGAUGGGACAGGCGCCACCCGCUGCUGUUGACGUACAACGCCACUCUCAACCGUCCUGGCGAUUUCUACUGUGAUCAGUGUGAGACACAAAUGAAUCCCAAGAGAUGGAUGUAUCACUGCCGCGCCUGCGAUCUAUCCUUCCAUCCAUAUUGCUUUAAAACUACAUCCGGAUGGCUUAGAAACAUCAAACUGGGACAGGAAUAUGAUGUGAAUGCAGAAACCCAUCCACACCCACUCACCCAUCAACUUCUCACAACAAAACGCCGCUGCGACAAUUGUGAUCGGGAUAGACAUGAACAUGAAGGAUUUUACUGUGCAUUAUGCAACUUCUUCAUUUGUCUCUACAGAUGCGGUACAGAAAUGAUCGAUAAUGGUGACAUGAAGGCCGUUGAAUGAAUGAGAGAAAUCAUAUGUAUCAGAUUAUUCAUUUAGUAUUCUGUUGUUUAUCUCUUUCCUCUUGUAUUCUUAUAUGCAUUCUAUUUC